CUCAGUGCGGGGAGGAGGAGUCGCUGUUGCGGAGCCUGUGUGCAGGGCACUGCCCGCUGCCUUUCCGGCCAUGAGACCCCUGGCGCUGAGGCUGGGCUCGGGGUCGCGGCGGGCGGGCAGGGGGCGCUGAGAGAUGUCGCGGAUGGCGGGCGGCGACUGCCGCAAGGAAGCGGCGGGCUGGGAGGGCGAGGACGGACAGUGUGACUCGGGCAUCGAGUCGCUGCGCUCGCUGCCCGGCGGGAGGGACACUCCUGUUGCCGCAGCUGCCGAGGCGUCUCCCGCCGCCGAGACCGAGACCUUCGCCGAGGCUGCCGAGGAGCGGCUGGACUCCAGCUACGGCUCCGGCGCCCUUCCCGAGCCUUUGCCCGGGCCGCCGGCCACCUUCCGCGACGAGGAGCCGCCGCCUCCCGAGAGGUUCAGCCGGCAGCAGCUGGAGGCCCUCACCUAUCUUUCGGAGGACGGAGACACGUUGGUUCACCUGGCCAUUAUCCACUGUGUCCCAGCUGUAGCACUCUACUGCAUUGCUCAACUGCCCAGAGAGGUGCUGGAGAUUCAAAAUGAUCUUUUCCAGAGCCCACUUCACCUUGCUGUGUACCUGGAGCAGCCCAGUGUGAUCCAGGCAUUGAUCCACAAGGGAGUGAACCCUGGACUGCAGGACCGCAAUGGCAACACCCCUCUGCACCUGGCUUGUGAACAGCAGCACCUGCACUGUGCCCAGCAGCUGUUGCAGGGCACAGCCCCACCAGAGGGCACAGCCCAGCCUCCUGGGUACCGCCAGGACCUGCAGCUCCAGAACUGGCAAGGCUUGGCCUGUCUGCACAUCAGCACCUUGAAGGGGAACAUCCAGAUGAUGUCUCUGUUGCUGGAGAGUGGUGCCUAUGUUGAUGUUCAAGAAGGCACAAGCGGGAAGACCCCACUGCACCUGGCCGUGGAGUGUCGCAACUGCAAGGCUGUCCAGUUCCUGCUGCACAGCGGGGCUUACGUGGAUGCCCAGAUGUACAACGGGUGCACCCCGCUCCACCUGGCCGUGGGCCGCAGGGACAGCGACAUCGCUGCCAUCCUCUCGCACUCGGGGGCUGACACCUUGUUGAGGAACAUGGAGAACGAGACAGCUCAAGACCUGGCUGACGGCAACGACAGUCUCCUCGCCUUGCUGCCCUUCGAUGACCUAAAGAUCUCUGGGAAGCCUGUUGUGUGCACUGAAUGAGCGGCUGGACUGCUUCGGCCCGUCAAGCUGCCUCCUUGCUCUGCUCUGCUGCCCACUGGGAUCUUGUCUGCCUGCAAUUCAGUGGGAGCAGAGCCACUCUGGGAGACUUGGGAAAAGUUUCGUUGGCCUCAGGCUGCCUUUCCAAGGGAAGAAGGUGGCACUAUGAGCACUACAAAAGAGGCUUCUUUUUUAGUAUUUGUGCCUCGCAGCGAGACUGAAUUUCCCCUCCCUGCCAUCUAUUUGAUUUAGGAAGGUCUUCAACUUGCACAAAGAAGGAGCAGGAGAGGACUGGUUUUCACACUGGACAGUGGAUGGAGCAUCCUCUGUCACCCCCAGAUGCCUUCAGGAUAAGUGUGGGGUGAAGAGAGUAACGCUCAAUAAUAAACCUUUGUUCGUGCUG